AUCACCACCACCGAGAAGACAUCCCACAGCACUCCCAGCUACACUUCUUUGAUAGCCACCAGUGAGGCACCCUCAUGCACUGUUCCCACCUUCACUUCUUCGAUCACCACCACCGAAAGCACAUCCCACAGUAAUCCCAGCUUGACUUCUGACAUCACCACCACUGAAACCAGGUCACACUGUCCUCCCAUCUUCACUUCUUGGAUCACCAUCACCGAGACCACCUCACACAGUCCUCCCAGCUUCACUUCUUGGAUCACCAGCACCGAGACCACCUCACACAGUCCUCCCAGCUUCACUUCUUCAGGCACCACCACUGAGACCCCUUCACACAGUACUCCUGGCUUCUCUUCUUCGAUUGCCACCUCCAAGACCAUCUCAACCAGUCCUCCCAGAUUCACCUUUGUGAUCGCCACCACCAAGACCACCUCACACAGUACUCCCAGGUUUACUUCUGUGAUUGCCAGCACCAAGACCACCUCACACAGUACUCCCAGUUUGAAUUCUCUGAUCACCACCACUGGGACCAGCUCACACAGUACCCUCGGCUUAAGUUCUUCGAUCGCCACCACCGAGACAACCUCACACAGUACUGCCAGCUUCAGUUCUUCGAUUGCCACCACUGAGACCACAUCACACAAUACUCCCGGAUUCACUUCUUCAAUCGCCACCACCGAGAUCACCUCAGACAGUAUUCCCAGCUUCACUUCUUCAAUCACCACCAUGGAGACAACCUCACAGAGUUCUCCCAGCUUCAUUUCUUUGAUCACCAUCACUGGGUCCACAUCCCACAGUUCUGCCAGCUUAACUUCUUCAAUCACCACCACUGAGACCACCUCACACAGUACUCCCAGCAUCGCUUCUUCAAUCACCACCACCGAGAGGACAUCCCACAGCACUCCCAGCUACACUUCUUCGAUCGCCACCAGUGAGACACCCUCACACACUGUUCCCAGCUUCACUUCUUCGAUCACCACUGCCAAGAGCACAUCCCACAGUAAUCCCAGCUUGAGUUCUGCCAUCAUCACCACUGAGACCAGGUCACGCAGUCCUCCCAUCUUUACUUCUUCGAUCACCACCACAGAGACCACCUCACACAGUCCUCCCAGCUUCACUUCUUUGAUCGCCACCACAGAGUCCACCUCACACAGUCCUCCCAUCUUUACUUCUUCGAUCACCACCACAGAGACCACCUCACACAGUACUCCCAGCUUCACUUCUUUGAUCACCACCAUCGAGGCCACAUCCAACAGUACUCCCAGCUUGACUUCUUUGAUCACUACAACCGAGACCACCUCACACAGUCCUCCCAGCUUCACUUAUUUAACCACCAUCACCGAGUCCACAUCCCACCUUAGUACCAGCCUCACUUCUUCAAUCACCACCACUGAGACCACCUCACACAGUAUGCUGAGCUUCACUUCUUUGAUCGCCACCACUGAGAUCGUCUUACAUAGUACUCCCAGCUACACUUCUUCGAUUGCCACCUCGGAGACACCCUCACACAGUACUCCCAGCUUCCCUUCUUCAAUCACGACCACUCAGUCCAUAUCACACAGUACUCCCAGCUUGAGUUCUGCGAUCACCACCACUGAGGCCAUUUCACAUAGUAUUCCAGGCUUCACUUCUUUGAUCACCACUGCUGAGGCUACCUCACACCUUCCUCCCAGGUUCACUUCUUUGAUCACCACCACCAAGACCACCUCACACAGUCCUCCCAGCUUCACUGCUUCAAUCACCAGCACCAAGACGACCUCACAUAGUACUCCUGGCUUCACUUCUUUGAUCGCCACCACUGAGACCACCUCACACAGUUCUCCCAGCUUCACUUCUUCAAGCACCACCACUGAGAUCCCUUCACACAGUACUCCCGGCUUCUCUUCUUCAAUUGCCACUUUCAAGACCACCUCAACCAGUCCUCCCAGAUUCACCUUUGCGAUCUCCACCACCAAGACCACCUUACACAGUACCCCCAGGUUCACUUUGGCGAUUGCCAGUACCAAGACCACCUCACACAGUACUCCCAGCUUCAGUUCUUUUAUCACCACCACUGAGACCAUAUCACACAGUACUCCCAGCCUCACUUCUUCGAUCACCACCAUCGAGACCACAUCGCACUGUACUCCUAGCUUGAGUUCUUCAAUCACUACAAGCGAGACCACCUCACAUAGUACUCCCAGCUUCACUUCUUUAAUCACCAUCACGGAGUCCACAUCCCACAGUACUACCAGUUUCCCUUCUUCAAUCACCACCACUGAGAUCACCUCACACAGUACCCCCAGCUUCACUUCCUCGAUCGCCACCACCGAGAUCACCUCACACAGCACUCCCAGCUUCACUUCUUCAAUCACCACCAUGGAGACAACCUCACGGAGUUCUCCGAGCUUCACUUCUUUGAUCACCAUCACUGGGUCCACAUCCCAAAGUACUGCCAGCUUCACUUCUUCAAUCACCACCACUGAGACCACCUCACACAGUACUGCCAGCAUCACUUCUUCGAUCACCACCACCGAGAUCAUUUCACGCAGUACUUCCAGCUACACUUCUUCUAUUGCCACCACUGAGACACCCUCACACAUUACUCCCAGCUUCACUUCUACGAUCACCACCACCGAGAGCACAUCCCACAGUAAUCCCAGCUUGACUUCUGCCAUCACCACCACUGAGACCAGGUCACACAGUCCUCCCAUCUUCACUUCUUCAAUCACCACCACAGAGACCACCUCACACAGUACUCCCAGCUUCACUUCUGCGAUCACCACCACUGAGACCACCACACGCAGUCUUCCAGGCUUCACUUUUUCGAUCGCCACCACCGAGAUCACCUCACACAGUCCUCCCAGCUUCACUUCUUUAAUCACUACCACGGAAACCCCCUCACACAGUAAUCCCAGCUUCACUUCUUUCAUCACCACCACUGAGUCCACCUCACACAGUCUUCCAGGCUUCACUUCUGUGAUUGCCACCACAAAGACCACCUUACACAGUACCCCCAUCUUCACUUCUUCCAUCACCACCACCGAGACCACCUCGCACAAUCCUCCAGGCUUCACUUUUUUGAUCCCCACCACUGAGACCAUCUCACACAGUCCUCCUAGCUUCACUUCUUCAAUCACUAUCAUUGAUACCCACUCACACAGUAAUCCCAGCUUCAUUUCUUUGAUCACCACCACCAAGUCCACUUCACAAAGUCCUCUGGGCUUCACUUCUGCGAUUGCCACCACAGGGAUCACCCCACACAGUACUCCCAUUUUCACUUCUUCGAUCGCCACCACCAAGAGCACCUCACAUAGUACUCCCAGCUUCACUUCAUUGAUCACCAGCACUGAGACCAUCUCACAGAGUACUCCCAGCUUCAGUUCUUUGAUGACCGCCACCGUGACCACAUCCCACAGUACUCCCAGCUUAACUUCUUUGAUCACCACCAUUAAGUCUACCUCAAAGAAUCCUCCGACCUUCACUUCUGCGAUCGCCACCACAGGGAUCACCUCAUGCAGUACUCCCAUUUUCACUUCUUUGAUCGCCACCACCAAGAGCACCUCACACAGUACUCCCAGCUUCACUUCAUCGAUCACCAGCACCGAGACCAUCUCACACAGUACUCCCAGCUUCAGUUCUUUGAUGACCGCCACCGAGACCACAUCCCACAGUACUCCCAGCUUAACUUCUCUGAUCACCACCACCAAGUCUACCUCACAGAAUCCUCCGAGCUUCACUUCUGCGAUUGCCACCACAGGGAUCACCUCACGCAGUACUCCCAUUUUCACUUCUUCAAUCACAAACACCGAGAGCACCUCACGCAGUACUCCCAGCUUCACUUUUUCGAUCACCAGCACCGAGACCACAUCACACAGUACUCCCAGCUUCACUUCCUCGAUCACCACCAUCGAGACCACAUCUCAUAGUACUCCCAGCUUGACUUAUUCGAUCACUACAACCAGGACCACCUCACACAGUACUCCCAGCUUCACUUCUUUAAUCAUCACCACCGAGUCCACAUUCCACAGUACUACCAGCUUCACUUCUUCAAUCACCACCACUGACAACACCUCACACAGUAUGCCCAGCUUCACUUCUUCGAUCGCCACCACUGAGAUCAUCUCACACAGUACUCCCAGCUUCCCUUCUUCAAUCACGAACACUGAGACCACAUCACACAGGACUCCCAGCUUCACUUUUGCAAUCACCACCACUGAGACCAUGUCACACAGUAUUCCAGGCUUCAUUUCUUCAAUCACCACCACCGAGACUACCUCACACCUUCCUCCCAGGUUCACUUCUUUGAUCACCACCACCAAGACCACCUCACACAGUCCUCCCAGCGUCACUUCUUUGAUCACCAGAACUGAGACCACCUCACACAGUCCUCCCAGCUUCACUUCUUCAAGCACCACCACUGAGACCCCUUCACACAACCACUUCAUACAGUACUCCCAGGUUCACUUCUGUGAUUGCCAGCACCAAGACCACCUCACACAGCACUCCCAGUUUGACUUCUCUGAUCACCACCACCGGGACCAGCUCACACAGUACCCUCGGCUUAAGUUCUUCGAUCGCCACCACCGAUACAACCUCACACAGUACUGCCAGCUUCACUUCUUCGAUUGCCACCACUGA